AGCCCGAGAAGGGAGGAGGGGAGCCGGUGGAGAAGGGUCAGCCGCGGCGGCAGGGCGGCGGCAGCGGCGCAGCUCUGCUCCCAGUGCGUCUCGGUCCCCGCGUCCAGGCAGGACGCUCAGCCCCAGCGACCGGGAUGCAGCCGCCAGCCCUCCGUGUCCGCCGCCUCGCGUCCCCCGCGCUGCUGGCGCUCCUCGCGUGCUCCGCUGCUUUUGCUUCGAUGUCAGAAGAUGUAAAGAAAGAGGUCAAGGAUUUGAAGAAAAGUGGGAUAUCAAGAAAAAAUGGCAUAGGCUUAAAAGAAAUUAUAUUUGUCAUCCAGAGCCAAAGUUAUUCUUUUCAUGCAAAGAAAGCAGAGCAAUUGAAAAAGAUCAUCUUAAAAGAGGCUGCAAAUAUUACACAGGAGCUGCCUACAGUCCUCCUUCUUCAUGAGCUGGCAAAGCAGGAAGGAGCAUGGACCAUACUCCCCCUGUUACCGCACUUUUCUGGAACAUAUAGCCGCAAUUCAUCAUGGAUUUUCUUCUGUGAAGAGGAGACAAGGAUAGAGAUUCCCAAACUCUUAGAAACACUCAGACGAUACGAUCCAUCUAAGGAAUGGUUUUUAGGAAAAGCAUUACAUGAUGAAGAAUCUUCAGUAAUUCACCAUUAUGCCUUUUCUGAAAAUCCUACGGUUUUUAAAUAUCCAGACUUUGCUGCCGGCUGGGCCCUUAGUAUUCCACUUGUAAACAAGCUCAACAAGAGGUUAAAGAGUGAACCCCUAAAAUCUGACUUCACAAUAGAUUUACAACAUGAGAUUGCCCUCUACAUCUGGGACAAAGGCGGAGGACCUCCCCUAACCCCUGUGCCUGAGUUUUGUACAGACCGUGUGGAUUCCCACUGUGCUACCCAAUUCCGUUCUUUUCUACCGCUUUGUGGACAACCUGUGAAGAAGGAGGAUAUUUUUGUUGCAGUAAAAACAUGCAAGCAAUUUCAUGGUGAAAGAAUACCCAUCAUAAAGCUGACUUGGGAGGGACAGGCAAGCCUCAUCGAGUACUACAGUGACUAUGCGGAAAGUUCCAUCCCCACUGUGGAUUUGGGAAUUCCCAAUACAGAGAGAGGUCAUUGUGGAAAAACAUUUGCCAUUUUAGAAAGAUUUCUGAAUCACAAUCGGAACAAAAUACCAUGGCUCCUCAUUGUGGAUGAUGAUACAUUAAUUAGGUAA